AUGAAGCGACAGAUACCUUGCCAAAAACACCUGGAAGGUGACAAAGAUUAUACCCAGAGAGAACUGAGAGCAGAAACUCGUCUCACAGGUCCAAGGGAUAGUGAAGAUGCCACCCGAAGAAGUGAGCUGAUUGCAGGACCUCUCAAAGUGGCACAGGAAAGUGAGGAAGACUACAGUCAGACAGUACUUGCAAGUACAGAGGACAACAAUGAAGAUGCUAGUGCUACACAAAGACAAGAUCAAAGAGCAGAAUCUUCUACAGUGGUACAGGAGAAUUGUCCUCAAGAAAAAUGUGAUGUCCACUCCUCCCACGGACUAACAGAAGAGCAAAGCAUCAUCUCGAUUCUUUCGUUUGCACUGAGGCACAACACUACAGGAGUAUUAAUGGAGGACCUUCUGAAACUGCUGAAGUUGCAUUCUGCUGGGACCACUGCAGUUCCAAGAAGCAAGUAUUUUCUGGAGAAACCAUUUGCUGAUAUUACUAAGCAGUUUGAGCAACAUCAUUACUGUAAAGUCUGUACUAAGUACACUGGUUCUUCACAGACUCCAGAGGAAAUGCUCACAUGUGUGCCAUGUUCCUUAUCCACUACAGUGCAAGCCAGUUUAGAGGAAGGCCAUUUUUUAUUAGUAUACCAUUAA